AAAUAGUUGUCCUUAUAAAGGGUACAAACAUUUUGAAAUUUCACCAACUAUAAUUCUUCUACUAAGGACCACUGGGAAGAAACUGGAGGCAUGAUUUCCACAUACUUCCUAAUAAGCAUCCUUGCCAUUAGUUUGGCUGCUAGGACACCAGAAGAGCGAGCAGAGAAAAAAGCCAACAAGUACAGCCAAGCUGCUGGAACUUGUCUGUCAUGUUGUGAACGAGGAGACAUGGGACCACAAGGAGCUCAAGGACCUCCCGGUGUCCCUGGUAUACAGGGUCCAAGUGGACAACCCGGAAUGCAUGGAAACCAUGGAAGUAAUGGUAUGCCUGGUCCAAAUGGUGGCAAAGGUGAAAGAGGAGAAAAGGGUGAUCGAGGUGCAUUUGGACCUAAAGGUGAACGAGGUGUUAGUGGAGUUCCAGGAAACCCAGGUGGACCACCAGGACCAAGGGGUGUUCCUGGGCCUGAAGGACCACAAGGCUUUCAGGGUGCUACCGGAGCAGGAGAACCAGGACCACAAGGUAUCAAGGGAGACUUAGGACCUCCUGGCAUUACAGGGCCAGAAGGGCAAAAAGGUGAUAAAGGUUUAAAAGGAUCCCAGGGAAAUGACCCACCAAGACCACCACAAUCUGCAUUCUCAGUUGCACGUGAGACGGCACUUAAAGCCCCUGGAUCAUCCAAUGUUAUCAUCACAUUCUCGCACACGUUUAUCAACACCAAUAACCACUUUAACUCCAAUAGUGGUAUCUUCACAUGUGUCUACAAUGGUACGUACUACUUCAUUGCGCACAUCUAUAAAGCAUCUUCCAAUUCCUGGCCAAUAGUGAGACUGAUAAAAAACAAUGUAAAUCAAUUGGCUUUUAUGGAUUACGGAUCGGAUUCAACGGAUUCCACAAGCAAUAGUCUUAUACUCCACCUCGUAAAGGGAGAUAAGGUGUGGCUAUCACUUGAUGCCGGGAAGGCACUAUUCAGUGGAACAAACCGCCACACAACAUUCUCCGGGUUCUUAUUUGCCUGGGAUUAAUUAAAAUUUGGAUUAGAUUCAACAAUCUAUUGGAAAUUCUCUAGGAAAAAUAAGUUGGUGAUUUAAUAUCAAUAUAAUUACUUUUAUUUUAUUAUUUCUAUAUUAUCCCAUUUAUAGUAUUUAUUUUUUUAUUACUAACUUUUUAACUACACUGAUAUUAUGUAAAUAACUUUAUCUUUUAUGUCAAUAAUAUAUGUUCAAUUGUUUUGUGCCACAGUUUAAAAAAAACAUUAUAAUUAUCUACACUGAUUAUAUUGACAUUCUGGAUCAACCAAAAAGAAAAAUGCAGAAAUAUGUUUAUAUUACAGGUUUAAAAACAAUGGAAAAAAUCUGUAAUAUUGAUGCUAAAAACAGAACAGACUCAUUAUUUAGUGUCUGAAGGAAACUUUAAGACAUUCAUUUUCGUAAGGGCUAACCGCUGGGUUAAUAAGUAUGUAGUUUAGUAUGGCAUUUAACCCAAAAUUUAAAUUUUUGUUAGAUAUGUUGUGAUAUAAUACAUGCAAAGCAUAUAUUUGUUGUAAACGUAGGAGUAUUGAUAAGGGCUGGAAAGGACCAAAAGGUAUCAUUAAAGUUGUGAAAUGACAUCAUUUCAUGUUAACUUAAAGAAUAUAUCUGAAAAAAAUAAAACAACAUUAGAUUUAAUGAA